AUGACUGACAUCAUGGCAGACAUUGCGAGCCUCGCGUCCAAGACCGCGGAGAAAAUCAAGGCUUUGAAGACCUACAGCCUGGACCUCCCCAUCGCCAUGCUGGGCGUCAACAGUGCAGCAGGGCUCGUGCAGCGGCCCGAGUGCCGCACGCUGCCCGACGACUUGCUCGCUGCAAUCCACGACGCGCUCGCUCAUCUCAACAAGGCGCUCGACGCAGUCGGACAGCCCACGGCGCCCGCCGGGGCCGCCGUCGCGGACGUGCGGCGGAGCGCUGACGCACUGAUGACGUGCCUGGGCGCGCUCGUGGGCGCCACGAGCCCAGCGGCGAACGAGGGACCGGGAAGCCGCGCGCAUCCGUCGCAGGACCAGCCACCGGCCGCCGUGCCACGCGACUUCGAGGUUUCAGGACUGGUUUUCACAGACAUGCAGCAGGCGGCCGGGGCGGAGCUGACGGGCGUGUUUUCGUCGGCGCGCAGCGUCCUGCUGGGCUGCCCGCUGCCGGGCAACACCGACGCGUACCGCGCGCUGUGCAAGACGCUGGAGGAGGUCGUCCAGCUGCUGUCGUCGCCGCACGGCGCGUACCUGGAGCGGGUCGUGGGCGACAUCGACUUUGGGUUCGUCACUGCGAUGGCGGCGAUGUACAAGUCGGUCCACGGCAGGAAGAUGGCCAUCGACGAGCUGUGGGCGGAGGAGGCAAAGCACAUUAAAGGGUACAUCAAGCUGGAGAUUGUGGUGCGGAUGAUGCGGCUGGUGGUGGAGGAGGUGACGCACAACAAGAUCAACAAGUACCUGACGGAGAGCUUCUGCGCGCGGCGGAGCCUGAGCGCGUACAACCUGAUGAAGCUGCUGGACGUGCUGAUUGCAAGACCGCACGAGGUGCCGUGGUGCAACCGCUUCGUCGGCUUCCACACCCUCUCCGUCGUCGCAACCCAGAACCUGAUCGGCACCGCAGCGAACGACGACGCGAUCAACCGCUUCGUGCCGCUGGUGACGUCGCGCACGGCGGUGGACUACAAGGAGCACUACCUCCUGCGGCCCGUGCAGGACGACGUCGUCGAGGAAGUGGCCGCGAAGCUGGUGGGCGGCAUUGCGAGCAGGAUGACGGUGAACGGCGACUGCGCGUGUCUCGUCCUGCUCGUCCUCGCGGGGUUCGUUCCGGGCCUGAUCUACGGCCUGUGCAUGGACCGGGGCUGCCCGCUGGCCAACCCGGCCUGCGCUGCGCACCCGCUCUCGCGUGUGUUUUGCUGCGCGACGAUCUCGCCGGGCGUGUCGGAGAUACGCGGCGAGCACCGCAGGGACCUCCUCGCGCGGCUCCUCGCGCAGCCGUGCUCGGACGAGGCCUGGGUGCGCGCUUACCACAGCUCCGACCUCUCCAGAGAGUGGUGGCGGGCAGUGCCGCCAGAGGACGUGACCUCGGGCUCCACGGUGUGCUUCGGGUGCGUCUGA